AUGAAAAAAGCAUUUGUGUUUAUUUUAUUAGCUGUUGCAUCUUAAUGCUUUUCUUUUGAUUUAUGGGGUGCUUUAAGUUUUGGGGCAACCAAUAAGGAAAAACCUGAGCCAAAGAAAAAGUAAUAAGUAACAGGACUAAUGACAUAUUUUGAACCAAAAAGAUUAGAAUUUAAUCUCCCUAAAUGCUUGAGAAAUAUUGCUGAUAUAAUUGAAGAAGUUGAAAGCUUAAAGACUCUAAAUUCUUUUGAAGUAACUUUAGAAAAAGUUGUUGAAAAAGUAGCCCAUUAUUCUGAAAUGCUUGUAAGUUGCGGAUUUGCAUUUUAGUAUCAGCAAGUCUUUAAAUUGUUUAAUACUGUGAAAAACAUGUAAAUGGAUCAACAAGGUACUUGUGGAUAAAGUUAAUCUGAGUAAUGUGGAGGUCAAAUGUUAAAUAUGGAAAUCAAAGUAGCUAAUUAAAGUGCUGAAUAAACAUUCUAUUAAAAAAUAUUACCCUGUGCGACAAAAGUCACAGAAAUUUUUACCUUUUACUCAUCAAAAAAAUUCAACUAAGAUACAAAUUACUUUGAAGAGUUUAGAAUUUUUACACAAUCAAUUAUCUAUGCAGAGGAGUGUUCUCUUCUUAUUUUUAAUGAUUUUAUGGAGAGUAGUAAGCCCUGCUUGACUAAUUUUGAUAAAUUAGUAACCUAAUAUCAUGAAAUUACAAAAAGUAGUAGCAUAUACUUAGGAUUAAUCUCUCAAGGUCCUACGAUGAUUAGCACUUUUAACGAUAUGGUUUCAGUUUGUAAGAAUUAAAUAUUUGAAGCUAUUUUACCAUCUAAUUAGAAUGAAUAAUGA